AUGAAUAUCCAUGCAGUCACCCACUCGCUGCCCCACCGCGGCCCUGGCGCGACCUCGCGCGCUAGGGCCCGUUGGCAGCCCUAUGCUUCCAACAUCUCGCAUCCCACACACUCGCAUUCCACACUUUCCAAGUCACCUGUCCCCACUCCUGUUUACUUGCACACUCCCGCUUCUUCAUCUGCCGCCUCCUCUCCGUCCACCGCCCCCCUCCACCCCAUCUGCGACAUCAAGACAUCACUGCCAUCGUCGUCCAUCCGGGAUGUUCAAAAGUCAAAAUAUGCCGCAAAACUCGUCGAACAGAUAUUCAUUGCGACCGUUUCUCCAGAUCAAGCCGUAAAAACGCUUUCCGACGUUUGGCAAACCGACGACAUUCCGGCCGUUUACCUCGUUGGUAACGGUGAUGGGCUCUGUGCGCAGCCCGACCUCAAGGUCGCGUCCUCAUCCGCCGCAAUCGUUUCGCAUAGUCUCGCGCCAUUCUUCUCGUCGCGGAACACACAGCUUCCCUCGCCGAUAUCGCCGUCAACGCGCCGCACGCCCUCUCCAACCGCGAGUGGGUGCGAGUCACACUCGCAGCCGCCCGAAGGUUCCGUCGGCGGGAAUCUGCUUCCGAUCAAGGGCUUUGUGCACGAGGUCCUCCGUCGCUCCCGAACGUCCACUGGCGUCCUCCAAACCGCGCUUUGCUACCUGGAGGCCGUUCGCGCCAAGAUCCCCGAAAUCCUCCGCGCCGAGAAGACUGGGACAUUUGUCCACCGGGACGAAGACGUCGAGCCUAGGAUUGUGCAAGGUGUCAUCGAUGAGCCCCACAUCGUCGGCUCUAUCUCCCACGAUCCCAGCAACACCAUCCAAACCGUUCGCGACGGUGACACCGUGCUCGUUGGCGCCAUAGACAUCGACGCCCGUGCGUCGUGUCGGCCCUCCCUCUGCGAUACUUCUCUGCCCCCGCUUCCCCACCUCCCCUCCCCCUUGUGUUGUCCCCGCCGCGCCUUUUUGGCUUGCCUCAUACUCGCUUCCAAGUUCAUGCAAGACCGAUCGUACUCCAACCGUGCGUGGGCGAAGCUUGCAAGUCUUCCCCCGAGGGAAAUCGGGCGCUGCGAACGCGCGCUUGGAGAAGCUCUCGAGUGGCGUCUCUGGGUCGGCAAGCUACCUGCGUCGACGUCGACUGCUCACCCCCUGGCGCGGAGCCAGAGCGCUGCUGAUGUGCUGUACACCCCCGCCCCGUCUCCUUCUUGUACCCGGGUCCCGACUGCGCCGUGGACUAGGGAUGAGACUGCGGCCGCUGCCGCACGUCUUCCUUUCUCCAUUCCCCCUCCGCCCCCUCCGCCCAGCUCUCGGUCGCGCGGCCUGCAGCGCAGCGCGACCGUGCCGCAGUUGGGCGCCGAGCGCAGCGCGGUCGUGGUCGACCCCUUCUUCCCGAAGACGGACAAGUUGGGCGCGUGGUACGAUACAAGACCGACACCUGGGACGGGUUUCGACUCCGGGUAUUCGAUGGACGUGGAGCCCCAGACCGAGGUUUCACCUACGACGCUUUCGACACCGACUCUCACUUACUCGCCUAUGUCUUCGGCUUCGUCGUCGUCCGACGGCUCAGAGGAGAGGACCAUCCAGAUGUCCAUGCUCGUCGACAUCCCGACGCCCUCUUGCAGUGGCUACAACCCCCCUUGGAUUGCGCACGCCAUCCCCUAUACCCCUGCAGACCCCGCGAAUCCUGGCGCCUCGCUCACAGCCCGCCACGCUUACGCUUACGCCGAUGCGGACUGUGCGUCAGGUUUCGAAGGAUUCGCCGGUCUGACUCUCCCGCAAAUCCACCUCUCGGCGAUGAAGAAGCCAUUCUCGACCCUGCCCUCCUUCUCGGAAGCCUUUCCUGAACAAUGUCUCGGCUCCUACGGUUACGGUACGCAGUAA